AUGGAAAAUCACAAAGAUCAUUUUAUGCUUCGCGUACAAAAUCAAAAUUAUUACCCAGGUACUCUCGAAGAUCCUGAAUUUUUAGAAAGAGUUUCAAAAUGGCCGGCUGAUAAACAUCCAUUUUGGUUUACAAAUAGAAAAGCAAUUGAUGAAUCUCGAAGAACAAAUGUCGAUGGAAAUACUUUCGGACAAAAUAAUAAUGUUAAUAAUAACGGUGGACAAAUUAGGCCAGGUCCAAAAUUUCAGACGCCAUUUUUAGGUCCGAGCAGAGGGCCUCAUAAAUCGAUGCAUUGUAAAUUUUGUAAACCCCCCGGGGUCGUGACACCUGAAAAAAAUACACGACCCCAAUUAGAAACAAAAACAAAAAUUCAUUUGGUUCACGAGGGUGCCGAUUUAAAAUUAUACGAUGCUCACGACGAGCCCGGAGUACCUGAAGUUGAAAUUGAAGGUUGCGUUUGCGUACUGGAAGGUGAAAAUAAAUGUCCAAAAUGUGCUCCAGAUAAAACGAGAGCUCCGCAAAAGAAAAAAAUAUGCAAAUGUCCAAAAGGAGCCAAAUCCAAUCCAAAUUACGAUUAUGGUUACGUGCCGAAGAAAACAAAGAAAAAAGUUGAAGAUGAUGAAUUUUGGUGGGAAAAAUAUUCCAGAGAACAUGAUAAAAUAACUCGUGAAACAUGGUCGGCAUAUAUGGCUCAAAGAAGAAAAGAAAAAAAAUUAAAUAAAUGUCAAAAUGAAAAUAUAACGGAUCGAACUUAUUUUAUACUUGGAGGACUCGGUCUUUAUCCAAGACCAAAAAGAAUAAUUGUUAAAAAAUGUUUAAGGUUCAGUCAUUAUAAUUCGAUACAAUUUUUAAAUCAACUUCGUCUAUUGACAAAAGACGAUGAUUUUUUUAACGAAUUACCAAAACCAAAUCCAUCAAAUAGAAUGACAACGUGGAAUGAUAAAUUAUUAAUGAAUGCAAUAUGUCAUUUAGAAUUCCCAUAUUUCCUUAGGGAACUCAUGGAUCGUUUACCCAUAUUACCUAAAGAAAAAAUUUUACCACCCAUACCGUAUCCAGUUUAUCCUAAAUUACCUAAAAAAAAAUAUGACAAUCCUUAUGAGGAACCCAUUUGGGAAGAUCGUUUAAAUUGGGUUGAAAAAGAAAAAAUUGAUAGAAUUAAUAGAGCGAGAGAAAAUUUAGAAACUAAAAGAGUUAAAAUUCCACCUUUGGCUUUGGUUAAAAGACCAUCACUCAUCGAUGCGAGGCCGCCAUUUUUAGCACAAAUUGAGGCCAACGAACAAAGUUCUAGAGGUAUAAAAAAAGUUAAAGAAAAAAAGAAAAAAAAAAGGCAUAGAGUUGAAAAGUUUGAUUCGGCCGUUGAUAUGACCGCCAUUGCUGAUCCGGAUGAAAUAUGUUUGUUUCUCAGAGAACCGGAAAAACAAGAAUUUGUUGAAGAUGAUAUAGAAUCGGAAAAAGUAAAAUUUUUACCGGAACCGGAAGUGGUGACAACGGAAAUCGCAAGAAUUAAACCGAUUUUCGAUUAUGAUGAUUUAUCGGAUACUGAUGUUGAUUUACCAUUUAAAAAAAAAAAUGUGGAAGAUGAAAAAAUAUUAUUGGAAAACAUUGUCGAAGAAUCAAAAGUCGAUGAAAAUGAAAAUGAUUUUCUUCUCUCGUACGAUUUCGAAGAAAAAUUAGGCGAAGACGAUGAUUUGACAUUAAAUUUUGCAUUGGGUUCAAAAAAAUUAUAUAAGAAAAAAAUAAGAAGACAUGAAAGCAUAAUAUCAGAUCCUGAUCCCGAUCCUAAUAAUGAAAACGAUUUGAGAGAACCGUGUUUUAGAGAUUUGGAAACUCGUGAAAAUUCAUCGCAGAUAAAAAAAAAGAAAAAAAAGAAAAAGCGUAAAAAUAAAAAGUCGAAAAAAUUUAAAAAUUUAAAAAAAUUCCAAGAUAAAUAUAUAACGCAUAAAAAGAAAACGAUAAAAUUAACUGAAAAAUCCGUACCCGUGAAAAUAGACAAAGAAACCAUGACCGAAUGUUAUCCCGGUGAAUAUGAUUAUUUAUAUAGUAGCGACAAUAAAGAAAAGAAAAAAAAGGAAAAAAAAUCAAACGAAGAAGAAAAUUUAUUUCAGGGUGACGUACAGGAUUCACUUAAAAUAAUCAUUCAAGAUUUAGCCGAAGAAGGUUUUCUUUGUGCAUCCUAUGAAAAUAUUUAUAAACAUCCGGAUGUAAUACAAUUGAUCGAGUACCUCAAAGGUGAAAUAAUGACGAAGAAAAAGAAAGAAAAUUUAAUUAAUUAUAUUAAAUUAAAAUGGACAACAAUGAAAAAUUUAUCUAAAUUUACCAUUCCUGAUUUGGGGAUACCAAACGACGAGCUGACUAAGUUAACGUGGAAGGAUAAAACGAAGAUGAGUCGAAUUGCUGAUAAGAAAAAGGAUGAAUUUUAUUUUAAAAUUGCCAGUUAUAGGGGACAAACGGGAAGAUGGCUUUAUAAUACAAUGAAUCAACACGUAUUUGGAACGCAGAGAUUUUUACAAAUAUUUUAUGAUUAUUUAGUAUCUCGAUACGAAGAUUCCAUUUUACGUGGACUUUUAUAA